CACAGGAGGGGCUGCAGAGCGACCCCGCGGGGGGGCUGCAGCUCUGCGACGGGGAGACGCGGCGCCGCAAGCAGCUGGAGGGGACCUCGUGCAGCGAGCUGGUGGAGGAACCCCCCCUGAGCCAGAGCGAGCAGGAGCUGCAGAGACGGGAGCUGCGGGCGCUGCCGUGCAUGGUGACGCUGGGCGACGCGCUGCACAACCUGGCGGACGGGCUGGCGCUGGGCGCCGCCUUCGGCUCCUCCUGGCGAACCGGGCUGGGCACGGCGCUGGCGGUGCUGUGCCACGAGCUGCCCCACGAGCUGGGCGACUUCGCGGCGCUGCUGCACGCGGGGCUGAGCGUGCGCCGGGCGCUGGCGCUGAACGUGGCGAGCGCGCUGCCCGCCUUCCUGGGGCUCUACCUCGCGCUCGGCCUCGCCACCGGCGCCGCCUUCCAGGGCUGGAUCUUCACCGUCGCCACCGGCUUCUUCCUCUACGUCGCCCUCUGCGACAUGCUGCCGGCGAUGCUGCGGGUGCGGGACCCGCGGCCGUGGGUGCUGUUCGCGCUGCACAACGCGGGGCUGCUGGGCGGCUGGGGGCUGCUGCUGCUGCUGGCGCUCUACGAGGAGAGCAUCGCGCUCUGACACCGCGGCACGGACACGGGCACGGACCCACGGACAGGCCCACGGACACGCGGACACACGGAUGCCCCCCCCCCACCUCCCACGUGCUCCCCCCACCCCCACCCCGGGGUGGGCGAAGGGCGCCCGAAAUAAAGC